AUGGAGUUAUUUAUGUCUAUAUUGCUUUUUUAUGCCUUGAAAUUAUUAGUUCAGGUAACAAAUACCGAUGCAGAGGUGUUUCGUCGGCUUUAUAAACAACUUCUAGAAGAAACACCUCAUAUCGAUUGGAAUAGUUGGAAAUUCAUUUCCGACAAUGUCCAAAGAAACUACGAUGAUCUGCCAAAUUUCGAUCCUACCAGAACGGAUAUUUUGGAUCGUCUGGUAGUGGUGAAACUCAACGGAGGACUUGGGACGACCAUGGGCUGUGCAGGACCAAAGUCAUUUAUAAAAGUCAAGGAGGGGCUCUCCUUUCUUGACAUUGCUCGUCAACAACAUGAAGCAUUUAAUCAGCUACACAGCAGCUCUGUUCCCCUGUACCUGAUGAACUCAUUCUACACAGAUCAGUUGACAGCCCAAGAACUUGGCUCUGGCAGUGAUGUGAAAACGUUCUGCCAGUCGCGUUGUCCACGGAUCUACGCUGACACACUUUUACCGGUCGAAGAGGAUGGCUCUGAUCAAGAAUGGUAUCCACCGGGACACGGCAAUAUUUUCCAGUCUCUCGAAAUGACUGGAGUCCUGGAUGAAUUGCUCCAGCAAGGUCGUGACAUAAUGUUUGUAUCAAAUAUUGACAACACUGGUGCUACUCUCGACCUGAAAAUCGCUCAAUUCGCCUGUGACGAGGCAGCGGAAUACAUUAUGGAAUGCACGGCAAAAACUGAAAAUGAUAUCAAGGGAGGCACGCUCAUUGACAUCGGUGGACAGCUAAUGCACUUAGAAAUCCCACAAGUACCUCCGGAACACCUCGACGAAUUCUGUUCAACGCGUACUUUCAAAAUUUUCAACACGAAUAACAUAUGGGUGAAUCUGCGAGCUGUAAAGGAACGACUAGACAGCAUUUCAAGCGAAAUUAUAGUCAAUAAGAAGGUUUUGCACGGCCGACCCGUAAUACAGUUGGAAACAUCCAUUGGUGGUUGUAUAAGGAAUUUUCCACGAGCGUAUUGUGUACACGUGGACAGGUGCAGAUUCCUACCGGUGAAGAAAGUCGAUGAUCUCCUGGCCAUCUCUUCCGACUUGUACACCCUGAACAAUGCCCGUGCAUUGCAACUUUCCCGGAGCCGUCCUGCACCAACAGUGGAAUUGGGAAGCUUCUUCCAACGGGUAGACGAGUUCAAUAGUCGUUUCGACGAAUACCCUGACAUGCGAGACCUCGAUUCGUUGAAGAUCGAGGGUGACGUACGAUUCGAGAGGGGUGUUGUUUUUAAGGUGAAUUUUCUAAAAAACACCAAGAGGGUAAUAAGAUUAGUUCUCUGA